ACCUUUACCUUUUCAUAAGUACCAUGUGGCACCUCUUUGCUGCUCUCUCCUGACUUCACACUCUGGAAAAUCUCUCUUACAGCUUCACCAGCCAUUUCCUUAUUUCACCCUGGAUGACCCCUACAACCACCACCUCACUAUGCAGUACAACUGCCUGCACGACCCCAUCCUGCGGGACUACCACCAUCGCAAGGACGUCCUGAAGCUGCUCAGGAGACAAGGCUUCAUCACCCGUGACAAUAACGUGAUUUGCACUCUGAAGGAGUUCAAUGAGUACAGACAAUAUCUGACCAGGCACAGGAAUUAUUCAGAGCAGUUGUUGCGGAAAAAGGAAAGGACUCAGUCACCUCGGGCCAAAUCAAAGCGUGGCCCCAAAGUGUCAGGAGCCACCAGCACUUCCCGCCAGGCAGAGCAGCGGCUGAAGGCUCAAAAAACAUCUUGCCCACCUCAGCCCAAGAAACCACCCCUGAUAUCGGGCCGAAUCUACCCCAGAGCUGAUCCAGGCCAGAAAGAUGCCAGGAAGGGCACUUGUGCUCAGUCUCGGAGGAAGCCAGACCCUGCUGCCAGUGGUCUGUUUGAGCAAUCAGCAGAAGCCCAGAAGCUUGAAGAGCUGGCUGAGACUGUGGUGCAAAAGGUGCUGGAGAGGUUGAAGGUUUCUGGGGAUCAGCGUGUCAGCUGCCUAAAGAGGAUUGCCCGGGCUAUCAGGGGAAGAUUUUUGGGCAGCUGCAUGAGGGCAGAGCUGUCGGAGCCUUCUCUAGAUCGCCGUCAGGAAAUGGAAGCGGUGGCCAAAGAGCUCGUAGCGACUGUGCUGGAGAUCCUGGGGGAGCGUCUGGCGUCCAGCACGUCCAAAGCUUCUGAGCCAGGGGCAGCAGCCACGCAGAAGGAGCAACCUGUCGAUAGAGGAGCCACCCAAGCAGGCGAACCCAAGGAAAAUGAAACACCUGCUUCAAACAGGACAUCUGCACAGUCUUCCCUUGACAAACUCACCAGGGAAGUUGUUGAGAGUGUUCACUGCACCUUGCAAUCCUUUGCAGCUUCUCAGUUUGACAAAGACUCUACCUGUGAGUGCACUGAAAUCCCGGAGCUUCCUGGGGGAAAUGGAGCAUCUGAACAGCAGAGCCUGGAAGGAAGCACAGGAGCAAAGCUGCCUGCCUUAGAACCACAGGACCAAGCAGAAGGGACUGGCUGUGCCAACACCAUGGAGCCUGAGGGUCUUGCAACAGCGGAGGAGAACUUGGAGAAAACAAUGAAUCCAGAGUCAACCACCUUAGCUGACUCUUUGGAUAUAAAGAGCAUGGCAGAUCGGAUUGCUGACUCGGUGUUGGAGCGGAUCAACGAGCCUGAGCCUGCGCUGAGCACCGAACAGGAUUUCAAAGGGCCUGUUGCAAACCCACGGCCUUCCCGCCAGCCCGUCCCUCCGGCGGGGCCAAAGGCCCCUGCCCAGGCCGGGGCUCGGCGCAGAUCUGGGCACUCACAGCCCAUCUGAGCAGAACCGGGUGUGUGGCAGGAUUGGUGAA